AUGAGAUUAGGGCAUAUUCUGAUAUUCCUUCUCUACGUAGGAAUAUGUUCCACCAAAAUUGAUACUGACAAACACCCAAACAGAAAUAUUGAACAUGUAAAAAGUUAUUGUGGGAUAGGUUACGAUUUAGUUUCUGGAAAUCCGAUGGGUGACCCUUCAGAUCAGGGUGAUUUUGGAUAUAAAAGCAGCAUUAUACUACAACCAAAAAUAACGACUGAUGUUCGUGGUAACUUUAAAGUAGAGGGAAAUACUAGAAGCUUUUGGAUAAGGAAGAACAAUUACUGUUGGAAUAAUACAGAGCCAGGAGAAAUAAAAAAUAAUGACGACUAUCUAAAGGCUCUAUAUAAUGAUUUUGAUGUAGAUAAUGCGCUAAGCAAUAAUUUGCUAAAGGCAAAUGCCAGUAGUAAAAUAAUGCGGGCUAUUAAAGACCAUGGAAAAUAUCGAAUACGAAAAUCAUAUUGUAGUAUAUACGAGAGUGGAAUAGUCUUGCCAUACAAAGGAAUAGUAGCAAGAGGAUUCCAAGAAUACGUGGGUCGUUUGCCAGUACUUACAAAUGAGACAUCGGAAUGCUCAGCAGACAUGUUCCUUGUACAAUCAAAAAACAAAGAGUGUAUAAACAUUAGAAAAUGGAUCGAUUUCUUCAAAGUUUACGGCACCCACAUCGUUACACAUGUCAUAACAGGAGGAAAGGUAAUGUAUACUGAAAAAUCUGCAAAUAUAUCUGAACUAUCCAAAGAGGAUGAGAACGAAAUGAAAGAUACGAGUAAAAAAACCAAAAAUUUUAAGAAGCGUAUUAGGGGUAGUAAGGAAUCUAAGCAGGUUUCAGUAUUGGGAGGUUACUACAUUAAAGGCCUAGAGAAUAGAAGAAACUUUUCAGAUUGGACUAAAACUGUUUCGGAACGCCCUAUGCCAAUUAAAGCCAAAUUUGUAGCAAUUUCAGAGCUUUUUCCGGAUAAACAUUUGAGCUAUGUAAAAGCUCUAAAAUACUAUUACGACUUAUUUGGGCUUAACGCAGGACUUUCCAUAGUCGAAAAUGUCAGUAAAAUUUUUGAGGGAGAUACUUUAACAUCCAAUGGUGGAACAGCAUCGUGUCCAGAAAGUAAAUACACAAUUUCUGGAUUUUCUAUGCAGAUUGACAAAAAACUGGAGAUUGCUAACUGUAUACCAGGAAGGUACUUUGCAUUUUCUCCAUGCAGAACCUUCAGGGACGUUUGCCCCGGCACGACCGAUAGCUCUAUAUGGUUACUUUGCGGAAAUUCUGGUUUCCAGGAGCUAAUUACACUAUCGUUUUCCAGGGAACAACCAAGAUGUCCACAAGGGUUUACAAUAGCUCUGGGCUUUUAUAUAGAGUACAAGGAAUACAAAAUCAUAACAUGUCAAGCAGGUAUUGAUUCCAAUACCCAUGAACAUAAUCAGGGAACAAAUGCGGAAAAUAUUCUGAGUGGGAAAACACAACAUCAUGGAUAA